UGGAGGGAUUGAGAGAAACAGAGAGAGGGACGGAUUGAUAGAGAGAAACAGAGAGAGGGAUGGAGAGAUGAGGAGAAACAGCGAUGCGGGGGAUGUUGGCUAUAGAUGCAGAAACAACCCCAACAACAACCACCUGGCCUCUUCCAAACGUUACUCCAAGUCAGACAUCAGAAGACCCAGGAACCGCACCUACAGCACCAGUUCAGCCAGCAGCGGAACCAGUCUGGACGUGCCCGGAACAGGACCGGGAGGGGGCGUCGGAGAGGACCGGGCCCGACGAGACCGCCUGGGGCGCAGAGAGAGAGACAGAGGGGAGGGAGGAAGAGGAGGUCAGCUCCAGAACAGGAGGCGGAACACUAGGGACUCCUCUACAGAUUCUCUGGAGGAAAGCAAACUGGAAGAAAGAAUGGAUGAGAGGAGGAGGAGGAAGAGGGACGGAGGAGAGCAGGACUGGAGCCUGGAGAGGAGGGAGGAGGAGAGCAGAGGAGGGCGAAGCCAAGGAGGAGGGAGAGGAGGGCUCCUGAAGAUAUCUCAGAGUGACAGGCAGUCAGGCAUCUCCCAGGCCAGCUCAGAACCCAGCGAUGACCCCCAUGGUCGACGCAGGCAGGGAACUGGGCCUCCAGGCAGGGGGAGGGGCAUCCUCAUCCUUCCUGCCCACACUGACCUCUCCCAUUUGCCGGCAGAGCCCGGCCCGAGGCUCCUGUUUGGUGGGAUCCGUGGAGGAAGGGAGGCGGGGCUAGGAAGAGGAAGAGGGGGCGGAAGGGGCGGAGGAAUGAGGCGUCUUUGGGACCCCAACAACCCUGACCAGAAACCUGCCCUUCGUCUUUCCCAGCAUGCCUCUCUCCAGCAGCAGCAGACUCCUCCCAUGUACCUACAGACGGGUGGCGGUUACGGAGCGCUGCACUUCCUGGAUACGGACGAUGAGACUGCGGGGAGUCCUCCAGUCCACCAGGGGGAGCACUUCCAGCAGCAGGCAGCAGCCAUGGCCCAGGCCUUCUACAAGUACCAGAACUCUGACAACCCUUACCCAUACAACGCCAACCCUAACCCUAACCCAAACACACGGUACCCUUUCCCAUACCACACUAUGCCCUCUGGUCCCUACCAGAUACCCACCUCCAACGGCAUGUACACGGCUCAGUUCUAUGGGGGAUACAGGGGCCAGAUGGGAUACCCGGCUGUGGCUGGAGCAGGGGCCGGAUCCGGGGCAGGGCUUACUCCGGAAGAGGCGGAGCAACAGGCCAGAGGAGAGCUAGGAAGACUGCUGAGAGCGGCUGACAGCCAGGAGUUACAGCUCAGCAACCUCCUGUCUAGAGACAGACUCAGUGCUGACGGACUGGACCGCAUGGCUCAACUGAGGGCGGAUCUGUUGACCCUAUAUGAGCGCGUAAUUCUGACGGACAUAGAGUUCAGUGACAGUCAGAACCUGGACCAGGCUCUCUGGAAGAAUGUGUUCUACCAAGUCAUAGAGCGCUUCAGACAGCUCCUCAAAGAUCCCAGCGGAGAAUCAACACCACAAAUCACUACCAUGUUGCUCACACUGCUGGAUGAGGGGGCACAAUUCUUUGAUGCUCUGCUGCAGAAGCUCCAGACAGUGUUUCAGUUCAAACUGGAGGACUACAUGGACGGCAUGGCCAUCAGAGCCCGCCCACUACGCAAAACGGUGAAGUAUGCCCUGAUCAGCGCCCAGCGGUGUCUGAUCUGUCAGGGGGAUAUCGCCCGUUACCGGGAGCAAGCGAGUGACUCAGCUAAUUACGGCAAGGCCCGCAGUUGGUAUCUGAAGGCCCAGCAGAUCGCCCCUAAGAACGGUCGCCCCUACAACCAACUGGCUCUGCUGGCUGUGUACACGAAAAGGAAGUUGGAUGCUGUGUAUUACUACAUGAGGAGUCUGGCCGCCUCCAACCCCAUCCUGACCGCCAAGGAAAGUCUCAUGAGCCUCUUUGAAGAGGCCAAACGCAAGGCGGACCAGAUGGAGCGCAGACGGAGGCAGGAGUCGGAGGGGGGGUCCAUGGGCCCGGGGGUCAGAGGAGGAGGUGGACGAGGGGAGGAGGCGGCCAGGGUGGAGAUCUGGAUUCGUCCUAGUGGCCAGGCAGGGGCUCCGUCAUCCCACCGUGGGGGCAGUGAGUCCAGCCGAGACUCCGAACAGGAAGGAGAGCUGGGGAACCUCAGCGCCAGUGAUCUCAACAAGAGGUUCAUCCUCAGCUUUCUCCACACUCAUGGAAAACUCUUCACUAAAGUAGGCAUGGAGUCAUUCCCAGAGGUGUCCAGCCGUGUGCUCCAGGAGUUCAGAGCACUGCUCCGAAACAGCCCCUCCCCCCUAGGCAACACGCGCAUGCUACAGAUUAUCACCAUCAACAUGUUUACUAUACACAACGCUCAGAGCAGAGGAGGUGAUGGUGAGGUGAGGUCUGUAUUACAAGAGCAGACUACUGCUCUGGGUUUGGCCAUGUUUGCUCUGCUGGUCCAACGCUGCACUGAGCUACUGAGAGACACACCUGCAGAGCCCAUUCUGGCGGAGGAUAGAGAAGAGGGGAUUGAGGAGGAGGGGAUGGUUAAAGUGUCUUCCUUCCCAUUGGACCUGAGGGAGUUGUUGCCCAGCGUCAAAGUCUGGUCUGAUUGGAUGCUUGGACACCCAGACCAAUGGAAUCCUCCACCUUGCAGUUUAGAGGGCAGCCCUGACGUGUGGUGUAGCCUGGCAGACCUCUGUAACGCGUUGGCCCGCGUCGACCACGGGGAGGCGCCGCUCUACAAGGCCGACGGGGACGGUGGGGAGGGGGACGAGGAGCUCAACCUGCUACUGCUGGAGGAGGACCGACUCCUGGCCGGCUUCGUCCCACUGCUCGCCGCCCCACAGGAGCCCUGCUACGUAGACCGCACCGCUGACACGGCGAUAGCUGCCGAUUGUAAACGGGUUACAGUGUUGAAGUAUUUCCUGGAGGCUCUGUGUGGACAGGAAGAACCUCUACUAGCUUUCAAGGGGGGGAAGUACGUCUCCAUGGCAACUCCUCCCAAGUCUAGCCGCCCCGGCGACGCACACAACCAGCAGGACUCACAGAACGAGAGAGAGAGUGAUGAUGUCAUUGUGGAGGCGGAGUCAUCUGGGGAGGAGGGCGGGGGCAGCGAGGAUGACAUCCGAGAGCUCCGAGCCAGACGCAGCGUCCUCACUAACAAACUGGCCCAGCAGCAGAGACGCAGGGACAAGAUACAGGCGGUGUUACAAACCUGUGGGCAGGUGGAGUUGGAGGUGCGUCCUCUGUUCCUGGUCCUGGACACCAACGGCUUCAUCGACCACCUCACCGGCCUAAAGACCCUUCUGCAGUCAGGGACUUAUAUACUGGUGGUACCACUCAUAGUGAUAACAGAGUUGGAUGGUCUGGCGAAGGGACAGGAGAGCAGUGGGGGUGGUGGGCGUGGCGGUUCCAGAGGUAACCUCUCUGGGGCCGCCCACGCUCGCACGGUCCAGGAAAAGGCUAGGGUUGCCGUGGCAUUUCUUGAACAAGGGUUUGAGGCCAAAGAGCCCUGCCUCAGAGCACUGACCAGCAGAGGAAGUGAGCUUGAUUCCAUCGCCUUUCGCAGCGAAGACACUUCAGGACAGCAGGGUAACAAUGAUGACGUCAUCCUCUCCUGCUGUCUUCACUACUGCAAGGACAAGGCGAAGGACACACAGAGAGAUGGCCCGGUGCGGUUGCGUCGGGAGGUGGUCCUCCUGACCGAUGACCGCAACUUGCGGGUCAAAGCGCUGACGAGAAAUGUGCCCGUCAGAGACAUUCCUGCCUUCCUCACCUGGGCCCAAGUGGGCUGAAACGGCCCGGACCAUGCCCGGAACAUCCAAACAUCCACUGCUGAGAACCACUGGUCACCUCCCACACCACCCUCAGAGGGGAGGAGGAGGUCAUACGCUAACGCAGAAGAGAAGACUGAUGGAGGAGGAGAAGAAGAAACUGCUUUUUUUUUACAGGAAAAUGAAAUGAAAACUAAAAGCAUUUUUCCGUUUGGAAUGAAUUUACUGGGCUGAGCUCUUUUUGUCCUCUUGGUGUGGAGAGGUUUCUGUUACCAACAGAUGGGCUCAGAGAGAGGGAGAGAGAGGAGCAGGGAGGUAUUUACAAGAUGCAGGAAGGCUGAACCAGAAGGAGAGGUAGAGGAGGAGGAUCAGGGGACAUCUGGUGUGUGAGUGUGUUCAUAUUUGGUUUCUCUGGUCCAGCCGUGCGUCGUGCAGGUCUUCUGCCGUGUGUUCAUGAGGUCAGCAGCAGUAUUGACCUCUGUGGAAACCACAGAGGAAGAGCGAGGCGAUGGGAGGGAGGUUAGGGCUGUGAGGAUGAGGAGGAGGUGAGGAGGAAGGCCCUAGCCUGACUGAAGAAGGUUGUUAUCGUUGGCUGGUUGAGGGGCAUGUUUGAUGGACGGCUGUCCUGACCCACAGCAGCACCGAGAGAGAGACGCUUGUCAGGGGUGGUGGCUGGAAGACAGGCGGGUUUAGUGUGGGGGUACCAAACACGUGUGACGAUGUAGUGUGGGGGUACCAAACAUGGUAUAGAUGGUACGGUACCCAGCCUUUAUCGACCCACUCUCCUCCAUGGUCUGUUCUAUUUCCUGUUGACCCAGGAAGUUGUUUGCCCCACCAGCAGUGUUGGGUGUGUUCCCCAGCAGCUUGAUGUUGACAUUGAGUCAUUUCCAAGGUGGGGUUUCUGUUAAGGAAGACCUUAAAAAAACAAAAAACUAUAUAUAUUUUUUCUUAUUGAGCAUUAUGUUGUGGCCGGGUGUGUGGUGUUUGUUAGCUGUGCAUCUGUAGAGUAAGUGUGUGUGUUUGGGAUGUUUAAGCUAUACAAAGCUCUUGUCUUCUGACUUUCAUUCCUGUAACCUUCCUGUUUGUUGAUUUUAAGAUAUGUUUUAUUCCAAUUAUUGAAUGUCAGUUUUAGUUCUUAUAUUUUAGUGUUUCAGUUUCCUUCAGGUUGUUCUGCUUUUAUUAAUUACCAAUAUGUGUUGUUCAGAGUUCUGACCAGUGCGAAGAUAAUUAGGCUAGCUAAGACCUAAAUGGCUAAUACAGUAUUCAGCUAUUGUGUUCAGGCACACACAAAUUCCUAUCAAAUUGAAGAAUGGAUUAUUUUUUAACUGAUCUGAGGACAAUUUUCACAGGUCCUCGCACAAAAAUUAUUUGGAGGGGGGUUUGGUGUUAAAUUUAGGGUUAUGUUUAGGUAUUCAAGUGUAUGCUUAGGAGUUAGGAAAAAUCCUGACCUUCCAGUUUUCACUUUGAUAGUAAAACUUAUACAUAGUACUAGUAAAAUAAAGAUGACAUCUGUGAAUAACAUGCAUGAGAGUUCACAUUCAGCCGCUCAGUGUGAGUUUUCUUUAUACAUGCCUCCAUUAAGCCUGUGAUUAGAUCUCCAGCACAUCUUCGUUGACAAGGAGUCACAAUCACACACAAAUAGUUGAGUACUUUUCCAAAGCUGUAACAUCACCUUGUCUGUGAGCGCACCUACGAACAAAUAUGGAUGGACUUGGUAUACAUUUCUUGAUAAUCACAGUCAUUCGAUCUGUGUGUGUGCAAACUAUUAAUUCAGUGAGAGUAAAGCUAGCAUACUUGGUUUAGGGAAAGUUUAGGUUUGUCACAGUUUUCGCUCCUUUCUCCUUAAGUGUGUACUGCUUUGUGUUUUGGGCUGGGGGGUGAGGGGGUAGUGAGCAAGUGCUCACAUCAGAUGGAAUUAGAGAAUCCUAGGAUGCUCCCUCGGACAACCCUUUGUGUGUCCUGUUUGCUGUGUCCGCAUGCCAGUUGACUCUUAACCAACACGAUCGGCCUGCCUGGAAUGCCACAACGCUUUAAAAUGCUUCGCUGUUAGUUCUUUAAAUAAAUUCAGUUUUUUUUUUCCAUCAA